UGUGUGUGAGUGAGUGUCCGCUCCCCCUCGCUCCUUUGGGAAAGAAGAAAAUAAACGUCUCGCUGCUAACAAGGCUAGUUAUGGACCCGAACCCUGAACGACCGGCACGGAGCUGCUCCCCCUGCAAGCAGCGGGUCUAACACGGGACCGGCUCGGAUUACCGGAUAUAUAUAUUUAAAAUAUUUAUUUAAAAGUUAAUAGACACGAGCCAGGACGAGAUUUCAUGAGCUAUCUGCGAGCUAGCUCCCAGCGCUAACCGUGGCUACACUGGAUGAAGUUCGCAUGGACUGCCUGCUCCUCCGGGGACAGGGUCCUGCUGUCUGAGCCGGGUCCACCUCCACAUGGGAGUCUGCUGUUACAGAAGGGACACCGUCUCAUGGGAGCUUAAAGGAGGUACCUGUGCGCAGGUGUUGUUUGCGUGGCCAUUACAUUAUUGAUGUGUAAAUCCACGGGAAGCUAACAGGAUAUUAGCCUCCUCGCUUUGUGGGAGCAGGCCAUGGACUGAGGGACUGAGGGAGGGGAAGCCCGGCUUAAUGGCAGCUAAUUAUUUAUCAGGAGCCAGCGAUUGGAUAGACACGAAGAAGAGUUUAAUUUGAACCUUUUAUCCCCGAACUAUUCGAUAUAUUUUAUCACAUGAAAAUGCGUCGGAGUCGUGGAGCUUUGUCGGGAUAAAAAGUCUCAGAAGAAAAGAGAGGAGGAUUACAGCUUCAUUGAUAAAAGUCCUGCACGUAUACAUCAGUUUUUAAAGAUGUCUACCGCUAAAGAAAACCCCUGCAGGAAAUUCCAGGCGAACUUCUUCAAUAAAAGCAAAUGUCAGAACUGCUUCAAACCCCGAGAGCUGCAUCUGCUGACCGACCAGGACCUGACACAGGCUAAACCUAUUUAUGGCGGAUGGCUGUGUUUGGCCCCCGAAGGGACCGACUUUGACAAUCCCAUGCAGAGAUCUCGGAAAUGGCAGCGGAGAUUCUUCGUGCUGUAUGAACACGGCUGCCUGCGCUUCGCUCUGGAUGAGUCGCCGAGCACGCUCCCUCAGGGCACGGUGAACAUGAACCUGUGCACGGACGUCAUCGACGCCGAGCCGAAGACGGGCCAGAAGAACUCCCUGUGCAUCAUCACACCUGAGCAGGAGUACUUCAUCCGAGGAGAGAACAAGGAGAUCAUCAACGGGUGGAGCGACCAGCUGGUGGUGUACCCCCGCACCAACAAACAGAACCAGAAGAAGAAACGUAAGGUGGAGCCGACCACCUCACAGGAGCCCGGUCCAGCCAAGGUGGCGGUGACGGGCUCAGGUAUCCCCGAGGCCGAGAAGGUCCCAGACUCCAGCUCCAUCAUCUGGCAGGAGGAGCUGAACCAGAGGGAGGCCGAGGGGGCCGCAGUCUGGGCCGCUGCAGACCUGCCUCCAGGAUCACCGCUGCCCCCUGCAGGAGACGGAGGGUCUGCAGCUCCAGGUUCUGAUGCCGGGUCAGUGAACGGGGAAGAGGUGGACCGGAGUGGCUUUCCUCUCCAUGGCUCCGCCCCUCAGCCCCCUAGCGACCUGCUCUCCCCGACGGGCUCCUGCUCCAGCCUGGGGGGCCUCCCCCGCUGCCUCUCUCCGGCCCCCAGCGACCCCUUCCCCUCUGGUAGCUCCCUGCUCUCUAACGGCUCCCACAUCAGCGGCUCGGUCAGCUCGCUGGACUCUGACGCCAGCGGCAGCACGGUGACCAGCACCGAAAGCCACCCCGCCCACCAGAGGGGAGGCCACUCCCACAGCCACCACGACACGCCGCGGUCCAGGAGGCUGGAGGCCGAGGCCAGGAAGGCGGAGAAAAGGAGCCGAUACAGGAGCCCUGACAGGCAGGAGAGGGAGGCGGUGCUCAGCCCCGAGAGGAGUCGCUCCGGUGUGAUUGAGAAGUUGGAGGCGUUGGAGCUGGAGAAUCAGGAGAAGAUGGAGGUGGAGGAGACGGUGAGGGGCGGAGCCAGACAGGGCCGCAGCGAGCACCGCCACUUCCACAGAGAGGAUCAGAGGAGUGAUGUGGGUCAGGGUCUGGAUUUCCCCUCCACCCUGCCCCCUCUGAGGAGAGCCAAGUCCCUGGACAGGAGGACCACGGAGUCCGUGAUGACGCCGGAUUUACUGAACUUUAAGAAAGGCUGGAUGGUGAAGCUGGACGAGCAGGGACAGUGGAAGAAGUUCUGGUUUGUUCUGACCGAUCACAGCCUCAGAUACUACAAGGACUCCAUCGCAGAGGAGGCCUCUGACCUUGACGGAGAGAUCGAUCUGUCCACCUGUUACAGCGUCACUGAGUAUCAGGCUCAGCGUAACUACGGCUUCCAGAUUCAUACUCAGGAGGACGUGCACACUCUGUCGGCCAUGACAGCAGGAAUACGCCGGAACUGGAUCCAGGCGGUGAUGAAGAACGUCAGACCGUCCACGGCUCCAGAUGUGGCGAGCUCCACAGAGGACCACGGCUCGUUCUCUCCUCUGGAGGGUCUGGUUCGGCCCGACGUCACCCAGGACUCCCCCUCCUCCGAGGCCUCGUCUGUGGAGAGGGAGCCCGCCCCGGGGAAGCCAAAGAGCCGGGCGAGAGAGCGCAGGAGAGAGGGCCGCUCGAAGACGUUCGACUGGGCGGAGUUCAGGCCGAUCGCUCAGGCUCUGGCCCAGCAGAGAGCUCAGGAGGCGGAGAGCCUGCAGGCGGAGCUGGGAGAGCUGGAGAGGAACCGCAGGAGGGAAGAGAGGAGGAAGAGGUACGAGUCGGCGUCCAGCGAGAACUCGUCCGUCAGAGACGGGGGCGGAGAGGUAGUGGUGGAUCCUUUAGAGAGGCAGCAGCGGGUGGAGGAGGUGAUCGAACAACACUGGCAGCAGGUGGAGAAGACGCCGUUACGGGAGGAGAGGAGGGUCCCUCUGCCCGCCACGAUGCACAGCAGAGAGACGGCAGACCUGGAUCAGCUGCUGGAGAGCUACAAGCAAGGGAUGGAGGAGCUGAAGGUCCAGCUGGAGAGCUGUCACCACCAGCUGCUCGACUCCAACAAGCACAAGCAGGACCUGGAACUGCAGCUGAGGACGGCACUGGAGAGAGAGCAGGACGUGCGUGUGGGUUACAUCUCCCCGCUGGAGCCCCCUUUGGGUCUGGAGGCUGAAGUGACGCCCCAGAUGAAGAGGCCUGAACUGGCCACCUGUGAGCGAGGCUUUGCAGCGAUGGAGGAGUCCCAUCAGAAGGUGAUCGACGAGCUGCAGAGGAAACACCAGAGGGAGCUGGAGAACCUGCACGAGGAGAAGGAGAGGCUGCUGGCAGAGGAGACUGCAGCUACUAUCGCUGCGAUCGAGGCGAUGAAGAACGCCCACCGCUCAGAGCUGGUGAAGGAGCUGGACAAAGCUCGCAAGGCCAACAGCAACAACGAAAAUGCAGACAUCGAGGAGAUCCGCAGGCUGCACGAGGAGGAGUUGUGUUCGUUCCACCGGGAGAUCGAGGUCUUGUCGGAGCAGUACUCACAGAAGUGUCUGGAAAACGCUCACCUGGCUCAGGCGCUGGAGGCCGAGCGUCAAGCCCUCAGGCAGUGUCAGCGAGAGAACCAGGAGCUCAACGCACACAACCAGGAGCUGAACAACCGUCUGGCUGCAGAGAUCACGAAGAUGCGUUCGAUGACAUCAGAGGAUGGAGGCGGAGACUCGAACACCACGAUCCAGGGCAAAGAGCUGUACGAGUUAGAGGUGAUGCUGCGGGUGAAGGAGUCAGAGGUUCAGUACCUGAAGCAGGAAAUCAACUCCCUGAAAGACGAGCUCCAGGCUGCCCAAAGAGACAAGAAGUACGCCACAGAUAAAUACAAGGACAUCUACACGGAGCUGAGUAUCGUCAAGGCCAAAGCGGAGCGGGACCUGGGCCGGCUCCGAGACCAGCUGCAGCUCGCUCACGAGGCGCUCGGGGAGCCGACGCUGGAGGAGGUGGAGCGAGGAGGAUACGACAUCAUGAAGUCCAAAAGUAACCCCGACAUCCUGAAGAUGGCGGCUGCAGCGGCCAAACGCUCGGAGAGAACCAUGAGGUCAAAGAGUCUGAAGGAGGGGCUGACGGCCGAGCAGAGACUCCACCUGUUCGACAACAAAGACACCAAGGAGUUCUGACAGCGACGCUUCACGUCCGCCUGCAUGUUCAAGGCCACCUUAUAUUUUAGCUCUGUACUGACUCAUUUAGAAACACUACACACUGGUCACAAACACAUCGUAUGUUAUUGAGAAGAUGAAGUUUGAAUUUCUAGAUGUUUGCAUUCCAUGCACUUCAGUUAACUGUGACGUUUUGUCUUACUGUAAAUAUUCUGAUUUUAAACUCUGACUGUGUAAGCUACUGUUUUAACUCUAGACUGUUGCUAGCCAAAGGCAGGAAUGUUACGAUGACACUUCAUACUGACCCUACAGGAGCCAGCGUGGCGUUCAGGCGUGCACGUUAGCGCUCCGAUGCUCCGAUAACCUGCAGCACAGGCGGCAGAGAGAAACGAGCUCGUCUGCAUCUGGAACAAACAGCCGCCAUGUUCCUCCAUCGCCCGACUCCCACACUAACACCCGGAAGGUUCUCGGAUCCGUCUGAGACCGGCACGGACGCGUUCACUGAUUCUAAUUUAAUUUUAUAUAUAAGAAAGUUUAUAUCGAGUGUGUUUGUUUUCUCUCGCUGCAGUCGUGGGCGGAGCCAAUGAGGAGGAGGGGUGGAGCUGUAGUCUGUUCAGUCCCUUUGUAUUUAUUGAAGCGGUUGGGAUCUUUUCUUUCACAUUCCCAUUCCUCUGUACUCUAUUAUUGUAAAUAUAAAGCAAAUAUACACCAACUGACUACAAGUUUAUUAGCAAUAAAUAUUUUUGCACCCUU